AUGGCUGCUAAGGUUUGCGAAAGCAGGGAUCAUGAAAUUGCAGUAAAGAAAAUGAAACAUCAAAAGGAUGCUCAUUGGCCGUUAGGUGAAGAAUGUAAAGCGGUUCGUUAUCUUGUAUUGGAUACAUGUUUAGGUAGUGGAAUUCUAUACCAUCAGCAUGAGUUUGAUUCUAUUGUUGCAAGUGCCUUUAGAGAGCGAUAUUGGCUAGAAACCAAUAUUUUUCAUCUUCCAUUCGGCGAGAUGAAAAUAACGCCGGAUGAUGUGAAGCAAAUCUUGGACUUAGACAUUGAAGGAAAAUCUGUUUCUGAAGGUGUUGACAACAAUAUGAGUUGGACAGAUCUUUAUGCCCUUGUCAAAGACACACUUGGAUGGGAGCCAGCUGAGACAGAGAAACAAUUUAAGUGGGUUGGUGGAGAUAAACCAAAUGAACCAAGAGAAGGUGCAUCUAUACCUGUCAAAAAGAUAUUGUUGAAAAAUCUGAAAGAUAUGUUUGUAGGAACACUUGAUGCUGAAGUAAAACGUAAGGAGGAGACCAAAAAGUAUGCUUGGGGCACUGCCACCCUCGCUUAUUUACUUGAUAGUUUUCGAAAAGCUUCGAGGGCUGGAGCCACUGAACUUGCUGGGAAUGUUGGUCUUUUUCAGUCGAAGAAAGUCAAAGAAGUUAUAAAUGAGGCUUGUUCUGAAUUUGGCUUUUUUCAAAUUCUUAACCAUGGUAUUCCUGUUAGUUUGAUGAGUAAGACACUGGAUCUCUCUAAAACAUUUUUCAACUACCCUGACGAGGAGAAACUCAAGUGUAGUCUUGCACCUCUUCCAGUCGGAUACAACCGCCAAGCCAGUCCCCACACGGGUCAAAAUGAAUACUUGUUAUUCUAUCCCAGAUUUGGGUUUGACGGUAUAUAUCCUGAUACUCCGGCAGGAUUCAGGGAAGUAUCAGAAGACAUCUUUUCCCAUCUAAAAGAAACUGGGUUGGUUGUGGAAAGAAUUUUGAAUGAAUGUUUAAAUCUCCCACCUAAUUUCCUCCACGAGUACAACCCUGACCGAACCCAUGACGCCAUGAUGCAUAGAAGCUACCAACCUGCCACUGAUAUUGAGAAUAAUGGAUUAUACAGCCACCAGGAUCCAAAUUAUUUUACUUUUGUGUUUCAAGACAAAGUAGGGGGGCUUGAAGUUCUCAAGGAUGAUACAUGGAUUCCAGUAAUUCCAUCCGAGGGUUGCAUCAUCGUCAACAUAGGCGACAUGCUUCAGGUGUUGAGCAACAAUAAGUACAAGAGUGCAAUACACAGGGUGGUGAGACCAAUAGCACCACGACGAAGUCGUCACUCAGUUGUAUACUUCUAUAAUAUAGAAGGAGAUAAAUGGGUUGAACCUUUACAUCAAUUUACAAAGAAAAUUGAUGAGAAGCCAAAAUACAAAGGGUUCUACUACAAGGACUACACUGCACUGCGGGUGAAAAACGCACAGCAAUCUAGCUCGGAGGAUGUUAUUCGAAUUACUCACUAUGCUUUACCUGAUUAGCAUAGUGAGACAUGUCUAAGGAGAGACAACUACAGAAAAGAAAAACCAAAGAAGGAGAAAAGAAAAAGUAGAACCAUUUAUCUCCUCUUACAUUGUAACAGAACUACAGAAAGAGGACCCCUAAACCUUUAUGAGCAUUCUACUUGCAAUGUAAUCAUCUCUAUGUGUUUCUGUAAUAAUUAUUAAGUCUGCUAUUACGUUUCAUCUUCAGUUUUUAUUUCAGUCUCCAUUUUGGUGUUAGUAAAUCUCUGUUUUAUAAAUUAAGAUACUGCAU